AUGGCGGCCGCCAACGCCGACGCCGCGAAGCUCUCCGUCUCCUUUCAGGCCUUCGCGGCGCUCCUCGAUUGCUGUGCGGCCGCCGGCGGGGACUGCGACGGGAUACUCCUCGGCCGUGCCGCCCUCCCCCCUUCCUUCUCCGACGAUGAUCCCGCCCCAACCCUACCCAUCUGGGUCGCCGGCCACUCCUCGCUCGCCCGACGCUCCGUCCUCUCCAACACACUCGACUGCUUCAAGCCCUACUCCCCCGCUCGCCCGGGCACGGCCACCGUCAGCUUCUUCUCCUCGCGCCGCAGCGCGUGGGCGAUGCGCCGCCCCUCCAUGCGCGAGGCCGCCGUCGCCCGCUCCCUAUCCAAAUCCCUGGCCCUCACCCACCCCGUCGUGUUUCUCCUCUUGGCCCCCUCUGUCGCCUCCGACCACUCCAUCCACUCGUUCGACCACCGCGCCUUCCUCCUCGUUGAUUCCCUCCUCGUCCCCACCUCCCUCACGAUCGUCAACUCGGGUCCUCGUUUCCUGGGCCAGUACCAGUGCCACACCUUCACGGCGGAGUCGACAAUGCCGUGGCCGCCGCGUCAGCCGACAAACAUCGGAGAGCAGAAGGCGAUGGAUGGGAUGAUGGAUGCGUUCCGGGAUGCUGGGGAUGUUGGACAGGUGGAGGAGAUGUAUUCCGGGAUGCUAAGGAGGUUGGAGAGGCUUGCUCGGGAGGCGGAGGGGGGCAAUAAGCGGCUGCUCCGUCAGGAAAAUAAGAACUUAUUGGCAUGGGGAAAAAUUGUUGGGCUGAAGACUUGGAAGUACGGGCCAAGAUCUUGUUCUCAGUAA